CCGCAGUCUGAGAGAUGCACUGGUGAUGAUAAUGGAGGUGAUGGGGCUACCGCCGGUCAAGUGUCAGGGAUUCUUCUAGGUGGCAUCAUUGCCGGUUUGUUCACUACACUGAUUAUCAUCAUUCUCUUCUUCUUGUGCUGGAAGUACAGGAAACAGUCAUACAAAAGUCAAAGUGAGUUUAAUGAGCUGGUGAAUGAGCCUGGACGGAAGUUGAUCAUGCAGGAGAAGGUGUCUCACGAUGAUUUGUACUUACAGAAUAAUAAUUAUUACAGGGCUAGCUAGGGCUGAGGGGAAUUAACACUGAAUUCAAACCUACCUGGG